AUGCCUCUCAAACAUACAGCAGCAACCACCAUCGCCCUCAUCAUUAUCAUUAUAAUCUCUAUCACUAUCUCACCAUCCUCAUCAUCACCUGAUUAUUAUGAAGAUCUACCGACUCCACAAGACAACCUUCCAUCAACGAAGCACGACCGCGCUCAGAGCACCGCGUCACCUCAUCACGACCAACAACAUCUGACCAUCCAACACGAUGAUGACCAUGAAAAUACGUCUCACGAUGAUUAUCAUGGCAAUGGCAGCCAUCACAACCAUGACCAGCACCAUGGCGAUCACCAACAUCACGGCAUUCACGUUGCCAGCAUCAAGUUUGAUUAUGUCAAACAACCGCUCAUUCUCAGCAUCUUCAUGAUUGUUGUUAUUGUUCAAAUAUCUUACUCUUGCGCGCACACAAGCGUUACAGAUGUAAGAUUGUUCAUGAACAUGCACGACAACACUUCCGUCAGAGUUUGUCUGGAACUGAGUUUCUAUAUAUCCAACGUGCAACUAGCAUUCAUGAGAUCUUGUUUAUCCGUUUGUACAUCGUCCUGUUUCCAUCACGCAAAUUUCUUGUCCAGUUGGAUGCCAGAAUCAUGGUUCGUUGACUGA